CGGCAAAGUAAUGGCCGAUAGCUGGGAAUGUGCUUAGCUGCUUUCUGAUACAGGACGGCUAUUUAAGCCUCUUUGUUCAGCACGUCUGUAUUCCCACUGUUCACAAUGAAACCUCUUCAGCUACUAGGCAGAAACUGCAGAAGACUAGUAGAUGUCCUGCCCCAUCAACUGUGCUUGCCGGUUUUCUUGUCCACAUCCUGUAGUCUCAGCAGGAAGAAAAAAGUAAAUGGUUAUGAAGAUGUCAACCAGGAAAAAUAUGGAGAUCUAGUGCGGACGGUAACCACCUCCAAAACCAGUUCUCAAAACCCAGAGAGGCUAUUUGAAGAGGACAGUUUCUUGUAUGGUAAAGUAGUCAGGUCAAAGGGUCCAUCAUCGCAAGACUCUCAGCCAAAGGUUCCUCAAAAGCAGAUUCCAUUAAAUAAUCCCAAUAAAGUCAUUUUGAAUGUGAAGACAGAUCCUAACAUGCCAGUGAAGAUCGGCCUCCCAGGCAAGAAUCAGAUGAUCAAUGGUAGACUGCCAAGUGUCACCCGAAUUCUUCAGCAGACCAUGCCGAUGGAGCAGGCAUUUUAUUUGGAAAGGUGGAAACAGAGGAUGAUCAUGGAACUGGGAGAAGAAGGCUUCAUAGAGUACACGGCAGCCAUGUUCUCCAAAGGAAAGCUCUUUCAUGCCCAACUAGAGGAUCUGCUUUUGUCUGCGGAGCAAUAUACAGAGAAAGCGGAAGACACAGAAGAACUGGUGGGAUAUAUGAACAGUGUGGAAGAUGUGCUGUCUGAUGUUGUGAGAGUCAAGAGUCUUGAAAGCGCCGUGGUGCAUUCAGAUCUCCAGUACUUGGGCUUUGUAGACUGCGUGGCUCAGUAUCGGGGGAAGUUGUGUGUGAUAGACUGGAAAACCUCUGAAAAGCAGAAACCAAACUUAAAGAACACCUUUGAUAAUCCACUGCAGGUAGCUGCCUAUAUGGGAGCAAUAAAUCACGACAGUAAUUAUAACUUUCAAGUUGAUUGUGGCCUAAUUGUCAUUGCCUAUAAAGAUGGCUCCCCUGCUCACGCCCAUUUUAUGAACUCGGAAAUGUGUUUGCACUACUGGGACAAAUGGCUUUUACGACUAGAAGAAUACAAAGAAAAAAAGAAAUGAUAUGGUCACUGUAAGGAAUAUAUAUUCUGGGUGGAAGAGUCAAACUCUUCCGGUUCCUCCAGUAUUACAGAAGUGAUGCCACUGCCUAUAAAGCCAAUGGUUAAUGACAUUAAUUCCUGGAAAUCACAGAUUCCAUGAAGAUUGAUUUUCAACAGGAAAAAUAAUGAAAAAUAAUAAGGUUAACUGUAUAAUAAUCUGAACCGUUAAUUGUUGGUGAUAUAUUUUUGUAUAUUGAAGCGACUAUGCUUGUAGCUGAAUGAUAGGACAAUUAAAAUAUAGCAAUAUAGACUUUGUAUUUAAAGAAAAACACUCCCAAAACAUAUUUUUUAAUUUAAAAAAUCAAACUCAUUGGAUCAUUAAUUAAAAUGACAUUACAAGUUAAUACUUGGAGAAGUAAUAGUUUGUAAUUUUGUAUGUUUUACCCAAUUUCAUCUUUAAAGGUGCACUUCCACAAUUAUAUUAGUGGCUGUAGUUGUGAGCUAUCUACAUGAACAUAAACAUUUUUAGAAUGCAAAUUUCAAUUGACCCCUUUCCCGACCAGUGUCAUACAUGUAAGGUCCGCUCUGGAGCGAAGAGGGCGUGAUAGCCACCUGUUUUGUGCUGUUUCACACAGCAGAGAUCCAGAGCUAAUGUCUAUGAUCAGCGAUAACCUCCUUCACCUCCGGAAAAAAAAAGAAUAAAAAGCAGUCAAAAAGUCACACACAGUCCAAAAUAGUAUCAAUAAAAACUACAGGUCGCCCAGCAAAAAAAUAGCCCUCACAUAGCUGCAUAGACAUAACUAUAAAAAGUUAUGGGGGUCAGAAUAUGGCGAUGCAAAGAAAAAAUACAUUUUUUCCAAAGUUUUUUUUGGAAUCUCUGUAAUCGUACCUGCCCAUAGAGUGAAAGUCACAGGUCAGUUUUACCACCUAGGGAAUGCUGUAAAAACGAAACGCACAAAACUAUGGCAUAAUCGCUUUUUUUUUUUCUAAUUCCGCCCUAUUUGGAAUUUGUUUUCCAGCUCCGCACUACAUCUUAUGCAAUAUUAAAUGGUACCAUUAGAAAGAACACUUUUUCCCACAAAAACAAGCCCUCCUAUGGCUAUGUGAAUGGAUAAAUAAAAAUGUUAUGGCUCCAAGAAGCAGGCAGUGAAAAACGGUAACAGAAAAAAAAUCGCCCGGGG